AUGCUUCGUGAUAGUCAGAUGAUUAAGACAAUUAAAGCAUUACAAAGUGGAGAAAUUUCUAGUGGACGUGGUUUGAAUCAAGAAUUGACUUUAAAAAGAGCUGGAGACACUAGAUGGGAUUCACACUAUAGAACUAUGCUUAGAUUAAUUUCUUUGUUUUCUUCCGUGGUCAAUGUUCUUGAAUAUGUUGAGGAAGAUGGAAAUAAUUCAGAACAAAGAGCUGAAGCAUGUCACUUAUUGAAUGGCAUUCAAUCUUUUGAAUACAUUUUUAACUUGUACUUGAUGAAAAAUAUCUUGGGAGUUACUAAUGAGUUAUCUCAAUCGUUACAAAGGAAUGAUCAAGACAUUGUAAAUGCUAUGGCAUUGGUUAAAGUGUCUAAGAAACGGUUGCAAAAUAUAAAAGAUGAUGGUUGGUCUCUUUUGCUUGAUGAAGUCUCAUUGUUUUGUGACAAACAUAAUAUUAUUGUUUCAAAAAUGAAUGAUAUAUUUGUGUCACAAGGAAGAUCAAGACGCAAAGCUCAAAAGAUCUCAAAUUUGCAUCAUUUUCAAGUUGAGAUAUUCUAUCAAGUAGUUGAUAGACAACUUCAAGAACUCAACAAUCAUUUUACAGAGGUGAAUACUGAAUUACUUCUUUGUAUAGCUUGCUUGAAUCCAAAAUACUCAUUUUUUGCAUUUGAUAAGGAGAAAUUGAUCUAA